CAAGCGGCAGCAUCGUUAAUUGCUGUCAACGUGCCUGCCUUGCGCAGCCGGUGCGGCGUGGACGCAAUGGGAGUGCGGCAGCGCCUCGACGCCAUCGCCGCAGCGCCGCGAGCGCGGGCGUGCCUAGUCCUGGCGUGCUGUCUCAUCAGAUGCUGCCCCAUGGGCUCCCGCUGGAGCCCCAGCGGCAGAGCCGCGCGCUGGGGUCACGAUAGACAGCGCAGCCACCGCGCGCGGUGGGCCACGACGUCGCGGGCUUUCGCCGGGCGCAGACGAUGGAUGCGGCUCGUCGACGCGCACAUCGAUCCCGAGCCGCCGCGGCUUGACUCUGAGAGCCAGGCCGCGGUUGCUGUGUUUUAUUGUGAUGUUGUUUCCGUAAAUGCCGUUCUCGCCGAAUUUCGCUCGUCUUGCUCGAAAACUCGAAAAACCCGACACAAAAGACCUGAACCAUUCCCUGUCAACAAGAACACAGUGCGCGGCCCACACGGAUCGCAGCUGCGUCUGGUGAGGCGACCGUACAUCUCUGCGCCGACGCCGCGAAGUCUUGCCGAAGCGCUACGGCCCGAGGGCGCCUGUAGCCGAAGCUUACAGCACUUUUGGCCCUUGUGUGCCAGUGCUCUAGCGCGGGCUCCCGCGGUCGCUGCGCGCCGCCCUCGCGCUGAAGGAAGGCGCCUGACGCUCCGAUUCUGCGCUGCCGACGGCCCGUCGUUCUGCGCCGCACCUGCCGAGACGCUGCCGCUCGACGCCGCAGCGCUCACGAAAACACCUUCAAGGUCACGGACGCACGCGUUCGCCGGCAUCAUGGCUCGGGGCAAGAAAAGCGGCUCGCGGUCGAGGCUGCCGCCGGGGAUGUUGAGUGCGGAGAGCUUCAAAAGAAUCGAAGGAAGCAUCAAGGCGCAGCGCAAGGCGAUUGAGGCGCAGUACGGCGGGCCGACGGAGCUGCUGCCCCGCGCGCACAAAGGCUUCUUUGCGAGCAUCGACGCGUCGAACGUCGACGACGUGCCGCUCACGGGCCUCUCACAAGAAGACCUGCGCGUCAUUUGUAAGGGCGACGGCGGGCGCGGCACGAACCGCGACGCCGUGCUAAAGUGCCUCCGGGACCGGCUCGCGCGCGCCGCGCAGCCGGGCGAGGCCGACGCCAGGGAAGCGAAGCGGACCAAGUUACGGGAGGACGGCAAGCUCGACCUCGAGUUCCGGAACCUCGACGACCUGGGGCGGAAGGUCAAGUGGCGCCAGCUGCUCGUGAUCCCGGGGUCCUGCGAGUUGAGCAUGGGCAUUAGGGAGUUCACGAAUCGCACCGGCGGCAUUGGUGAUUAUUUCUAUAAGGAACUCGCGCGGGAGCGGAGAGACGCGGCGUUCGCCAAGGCCAAGGAGAGCGGCGAUUUGUGGACUUCGGAUCGCGACCGUACUCGCACGGCGUCCUAGAAUUGCGGUCGCUGAAGCAUCGCGUCGACCUCCACGCCAUCGACGCGACGUCCGCUCGACGGCGUGGCCCUCGUCCACUGGUCGACGUCCCCGCAGGCACGCCGACGGACUUCUAUCAUCCAGAUGACGACAAGAACAAGCACGACGGCCUGGUGCCCUUCGGCAACCCCGACGGCGUGGGCGCCAAGUACUGGGGCUGGGGCGACCCCGCCUGCAAGGCCAUCUUCGAGGUCUUGCUGGAGAAGAUGUCCAAGGAGGAGUGGGCCCGGUUCGGGACGGAGUUCAUCGAGAUCGCCUGGACGGACGACAUGUCGCGGGAGAUGAAGCUGCGGGGCCUCCUCGACACCCUGAGUCGGUGUCUGACGGUCGCCGCGGAGACGACGCGCCAGCACGUGAUGAUG